CACAGUUCACACUCAAUUCCUCCCUCAGAGACUCUCAGUCACUUAGUCGCAAACCCUAGCAGGUAUACUCUGACCCUCGCCGCUCGCUGCCGGCUGCCCGUUGCCCACCGUCCUCGCCGGCAACUCUCUCUUCUCUCAUCCCUCGAUACUCAACGGUAUUCAAAUUGAAUUCGUUGAAUUUGUUUGUUUGGUUUAGUAGGGUUUUAGUUCGAGCUCCCCCGCUGCAAAAUACAGUUUUGUUCCUGCAACUGUUUAAUCGAGUUUCCAAACCAUGGCAAGCACUAAAGUUCAGAGGGUUAUGACCCAACCUAUUAACUUGAUUUUCAGGUUUCUUCAAAGUAAAGCUCGCAUUCAGAUUUGGCUCUUCGAACAAAAGGAUUUGAGGAUUGAAGGCCGUAUCAUUGGUUUUGAUGAAUACAUGAAUUUGGUUCUGGAUGAUGCUGAAGAAGUGAAUGUCAAGAAGAACACCAGAAAAACAUUAGGGAGGAUCCUUCUUAAAGGAGACAACAUAACUUUAAUGAUGAACACGGGAAAAUGAUGAUGAAGAUGAACACCCAGGGUGUAUUGUAAACCAUACAUUCCAUUCAGCAAGUGGACAGAAUUAUCUUUCAUUUUGUUAAUCGCUAUGUCACUUAGAAUUUUGAAUAUGCGGUGUGAGAAUGGUUGUUAUGUAGAUUAGAUUUUCUUGCACUAGAUGAAUUCUUAGUUCAGCGACUUUCUUUGCUGUUCUACC